GUGUCAUGGCGCUGGGUUGUGAUGCGGACGCGGGCAAGUUUUCACUCCUCUUUUUGAGUCGCUUCUUAUGAACCGUCUGAAGAUUCCUAUAAAACUGAGGCUUGGCUCAGCAGCCAACUGAGGUCAUGGGCUCCUCUUCCUCUCAGCCCAAGAAUGAUUUCAACGUUAUCAUUGUGGGCGGGGGCUAUGCCGGCAUCACCCUUGCUGGAAAGCUAGAUGAUUACUGCAAUGUCACACUCAUAGACCCAAAAGACUGCUUUCACCAUUCAAUUGGUGCCUUGAGAUGUGUUGUAGAGCCUGGGUUUAUUAAGAAGACCCUUAUUCCAUACCAGGGGUUUCUCAAAUAUGGUACAUUUAUCCAAGCCAAGUGUGUAUCUGUGCACGUGUCUCUAAGGACUGUGACGUUGUCAAAUGGGCAGGAGUUGCGCUAUGACUAUCUGGUCUUUGCUUGUGGAUCUUCAGUACCCUUUCCAGGAAAAGUUCCACAGGGAGUUACCAGAGAGGAUGCACAUAAAUUGUAUGAGGAACUGGCUCUGCAGGUUAAGAACAGUGAAAAGAUAGUGAUCAUUGGUGGAGGUCCUGUUGGCGUGGAGCUUGCUGGCGAGAUCGCAAAUGACUACCCAAGCAAGAAGGUCACCAUUGUAAAUGCAAAAGAACAGCUGAUCAGCAAUAAAAUGUCAGAGAAAUUUCAGAAAAAGAUCAACAAGGGAUUGAAGGAUUUGAAAGUCAACCUUGUUCUUGGAGAGAAAAUUGCUAUGGAUGAGUUGGAUUUAGGUGGAGAGAAGCCUUGGGUACAAGGACCAAUCACGAUCACAACAGAUAAAGGCACCUCCAUUGAAGCAGAUCUUGUCUUCAGAUGCACUGGUUUUAAAGUUAAUGCUGAUGCCUAUCGCUCAAAAUUGUCCGACAAAAUGGACCACAAUACAGGCAGUCUUAAAGUGGAUGCCUUUCUCCAGGUUGAAGAAAUGAGAGAUGUAUUUGCCAUUGGUGACUGCAAUAAUACUCCAGAGAUAAAGCUUGCAUAUGGGGCAACUUUACAAGCAGAAACUGUGGCAUUCAAUAUAAAGCAACUGAAUGAGAGCAAGCGAAUGAAGGAAUACAAAUUGCUGAAUGCACUCAUGGUGGUUCCUAUGGGAAGGAAUCGUGGUGCUGCUCAACUCCCAAAUGGAAUGGUGUUUGGUAACAUGUUCGCCAAGGGAAUCAAAGGCAAAGAUAUGAUGACAGGAAAAAUCUGGAAACAGAUGAACCAGAAAAAGCCAUCAUAGUUACUUAAUGUAUUAUAUUUUUAGGAAAAGGUUGUUUGAGCAUUCUUAAAGAGCUUGGUUUUGUUGAUUUGGUGUCCAGGUAGCCCCAAAGAGAGGGUCAAAAUAUUAACUUAAGAAAAAUUAUUUUCUCUUUAUAAUCUAAGUUAUCUUUAGUAAAGCUUAUCCAGUCUAAAUUACAUUUUGAAUUGUUGGACAAGCCUUUCCCAUGAGUAACUUGUUCUUCUAAGGCCUUUCUUAGUCUAAAGGGAAAGUAGCCAAAACCCCUUUUCAUGUGUGCAACGCCUAAGACGGCAGUUCGAUGUACUGCAACAAACCUUAAAAAUGAGGUGAGAGAAGAGGUCUACAUCAAUUCCAUUAUUGAAUUGUUUGUAACCCCUUGUGUGAAAGUACUCCUAUACAUUUGGAGCGGCACAUCUGUAUGUGGUUUUGCUAUGACAACUGUUAGUGGUAUUUGAUUAAUGAAGUGAAUUUACCAUACAGAGGAUUUGUCAUUUCGUAUUUGCCAGCAUGUUCCAUUUAUUUUAGUAGUUUAUCUGCCAUAUAUAAUAGAAUACUAUUAUAUUGUCAAAAGACAUAAUAUAUAGUCUGGAGAGUGAUCUUUUAAUUAAGAGUGUUAAAGUAAGAAUUACGAAAAAGAUAUAGUGACAUUUUUCAAUGGCUGCAAGAUCAUCGUCGUGCUUGGUGUCUGUAGUCAUCUCAGUAUGUUUUAGUGUGCAGUAGAGCUGUAAGCUGGGACUUAUAUUUUUAUUUUUUAUUUUAUAGGAAACCCCUACAUGUGUGGUAAUUUAAUUAUGUGUUUAUAGAAGUAGGGACUUGAAGGUCAGCCCUAUACAUAGCUGUUUUUUGAGUUCUUAUAGCCUACCUGUAGGCUUUGAUAGUCGAAAACCGGCACGAAAACCCCGAAAACACGGAGUUCGCGGUAGGCUAGAGUUCUUAUAUAUUUGUGGGUCUCUUUUAGGCAGGCUCUUCUACGUUUUGAUCUCCUUAAAACAUAAUUUUAUUUUAGACGUUUUCAAGGAACUAUAGAUGGCUUCUCCAUUAACCGUUCUCUAAACUUCAAGGUAUAACAAUUCGGUAUAACAUCACAAAUAUAUAUGGUGUGAUUUUUUUAGUUAAUAUGAUUUUAUUUUUAUUGAAUUUUACAGAAUCAUGAUUCCAUCAGCUAAUGGUGUAGGUUUUUCUAUCAAGUUAUUGUAGUUAAGAAUACAAACUAUAAGGAAGUGUGAUUUCCCCGUGUUGUUAUAGCGAAAAAACAGCUUCGAGCGAUUCGUAGCUGCCAUCUUGGAUUUUGAGCAAAAAUGAAAAACGCGUUUUUUUGCUAUAAAAGCACCGGGUAAAAGCCUGCAUUGUAGGCUAGAAGUGUGACUAAUAUUGAGUUGUGUUUUUACGAACUCAAAGAUAUAAUAUCAUAAAGGUUUUUAUUAGGUGAUGUUACGUGAUAACUUAUCUUGAGGAUACUGAGAUAAUUAUCCUCUCGUCAUUUUUGCGUUUUAUUGUGACAAUCAAAUAAACAGUUGAUACACAA